AUGGUUGCUUCUUCUUCUUCUUUCUGGGGCUUGGUAGCCUAUGCUUCGUUUGCUUAUGCUGGUCUUUGUAAACCGUCGGGUGAUGUCUGUUCUGAGAUCAGAAGCCUCCUUGGCGAUGAAGCAGUUCCUCUCUGCUCAUCUUACCUCCAGGCAACUCCCGCAACUGUCACAGUCACAAGCACCACUACCCGAACAAGCUUCCAAACCAUUGCUGCUCCGCCCGAGACCAUCUCAACUUCGGUGGAAGAGACCACCACUGUUUCCCUGACCACGACCAGGACUGUGUAUCCCCCAAACCCCGUUGUAACUGAUACCACGAUUAUCAGCGUGUCUACCGUCUAUCUCUACCGACCCAAACAAAAUCGCAGGGCUAUUCCCGAAACGGUGCUUGCUAGUCUCGAGAGCAAGUACUCCAAGGCUGCAGUGACUGCAGGCUGCAACUGCGUAUACGAUCCUACCACGGAAACUGUCACCCAGACAACUGAUGUUACAACCGAGGUGACUUCCCAAGCUACCAUCGGCCCCCUUACCACGGUAGUAGUAACGGAGAUCAAAUACAUCCCUAUCACAAAGGCUACUGAAGUAGUGGACCAUUUAUCACCCAUCACGUGGGUUUUACAUCCGUAA